AAGAUUGGGCUUUUAUUUUGAAAAUACUUGUCCAGGAAGGGAUUCUAUUUUUAUUCUGUCUGUCUGGCCACGGUAUGUGAGAAAGACUUGUACGGGAAGGGAAGAAGACGCUGUAGACGUGAGGGAUCGUCCAAACCACUGGUGUUGUCAGGUGGCUCACGGCAUUUGAAGACGUACACUGUCCGCAUUACCCCGACUUUUCCCCGCUGGCUUCGGAGACUUUUCUUUCUCUAGCUGUGACCGUUUUUUCGACCUAAUUCAGGAUGUCUGGACAGAGCAUUACAGACAGGAUAACCGCCGCACAGCACAGUGUCACCGGCUCGGCCAUUUCCAAAACUGUGUGCAAGGCGACCACUCAUGAGAUAAUGGGGCCAAAAAAGAAACACUUGGACUACUUAAUUCAGUGCACAAAUGAGAUGAACGUGAACAUCCCUCAGCUGGCUGACACGCUGUUUGAGAGGACCACCAACACCAGCUGGGUGGUCGUCUUCAAAUCGCUGACCACCACACACCACCUGAUGGUCUACGGUAAUGAGAGGUUUAUACAGUAUCUAGCUUCGAGGAACACAUUAUUCAACCUAAGCAAUUUCUUGGACAAAAGUGGCUUACAAGGAUACGACAUGUCAACGUUCAUAAGGAGGUAUAGCCGCUACUUGAAUGAGAAAGCGGUGUCCUACAGACAAGUCGCCUUUGACUUUACUAAAGUCAAAAGAGGGUCUGAUGGACUGAUGAGAACCAUGAACACAGAGAAACUCCUCAAGACCAUCCCCAUUAUCCAAAAUCAGAUGGAUGUGUUACUGGAUUUCAAUGUCAAUGCCAAUGAACUGACGAAUGGUGUGAUCAAUGCAGCCUUCAUGCUUCUGUUCAAAGAUGCCAUCCGACUGUUUGCGGCCUACAAUGAAGGCAUCAUCAACCUCUUGGAGAAAUACUUUGACAUGAAGAAACUGCAGUGCAAAGAUGGACUGGACAUCUACAAAAAAUUCCUCACACGAAUGACAAGAAUCUCAGAGUUUCUUAAAGUGGCAGAGCAAGUGGGAAUUGAUCGAGGUGACAUCCCUGAUCUGUCUCAGGCCCCUAGCAGUCUGCUGGAUGCCCUGGAACAGCACUUGGCCUCUUUAGAGGGAAAGAAAGUCAAAGACUCGACAGCAGCCAGCAGGGCCAGCACCCUUUCCAAUGCUGUCUCCUCCCUGGCUAACACUGGCAUUUCCUUUACCAAAGUGGAUGAGAGGGAAAAACAGGCGGCUCUGGAGGAAGAACAAGCUCGCCUCAAAGCACUCAAGGAGCAGCGUUUGAAGGAGCUUCAAAAGAAUCCUGCCGUAGCUACCACAGACUCUUCCCCUGUCUCCACCAUCGGGGGCACCAUCAACUCAGCACCUGCCAUUGACCUCUUCUCUACCCCCAGCUCCACCAACAGUGCACCUAAGGCAGCCAAUGACCUUUUGGACCUGCAGCCAGCUUUCCAGCAGCCAUUGUCUCUCCCCACUACCAACUCAUGGGGAGAUCCCUUCACCUAUGUUGCAGAAGCUGUGGAAGAAUCCACACCAAACUCAAACCCUUUCAUCACACCACCUGUUGUCGAUGCUGUCCAGCCGUCCGCGGUGUCCUCGGACGUUGGCAGGAUGUCCUGUAGGACACCUAGCCAUGAAGUGUUCGACUCCUUCUGUGGGCCAAGCCCUUACUCUACUCUCUUCCAAUCUGAGCCCCCUGCUGUAGCUGGUCUAUUCAGAGGGUUCACAGCCUCCCCCACGCAGCAGCAGCCACAGAACUCUCAAGGCCUUAAUGUUGAUUUUGACUCUGUAUUUGGCAACAACGCCAAUGCCAACAACAUGGACUCCACAGACAUUUUAGGUGGCAUCCUCAAACCUACAGUGGCUUCCUCACCCAAUCAGGGCAUGACCCUAAAUGGCCAACAGCCCAAUAAACUUGUGUCUAAUGACCUGGAUUCUUCGCUGGCCAAUCUUGUCGGCAAUCUGGGAAUUAACAAUGGCACAGCAAAGAAUGAUCUUCACUGGAGUCAGCCUGGAGAGAAGAAGUUGACCGGGGGAACCAACUGGCAACCCAAGACAGCACCUUCCACCACAUGGAAUCCAGCAACUAUGGCUCCAUCUGUCAUGGCCUUUUCUGCAACCACACCCACAGGCAUGAUGGCAUAUGCAAUGCCCCCCCAUGUGGGCUCCAUGAUGAUGACGCAGCCCACUAUGAUGUACACCCAGCCUGUGAUGAGGCCACCAAACCCCUUCGGUCCCAACCCUGGUGCACAGUCCCCUGUUACCUCUAGUCCGUCCAGCCUCAGCCCCCUCAGAGCACCAGGGAAGGAUCCCUUUGCACAUCUCUUUCUGCAGAAUUUUUUAUAGAGCGUCUUUAGAUGCAGUUCAUGUAAAGUGAGGCGAGACAGCGAAGGGGAGUCUUUCCCAUCUGAAGAGGAUUGACGAUAAAGUUAGCUAUCAGAGCAAACCUGCCGUUUGCUUCUAAUGAACUUACCUCUCUGAGAACGAAAGGCCCAAAUUAAGACUUUGAACGAAAUCAAGGUGACUCAGAGCAGCUCUGGCCCAUCUCAGUGGACAUAAUGUGCCCAUCCAGUCAUGUCUAAGUCAUAGGAGGAGGAAGAGUCUCUGUAUGUUUGUACAGUCUGCUGCCAUUCAUGUCACAUGGACGGGGACCAGCCCCCACUGUAUCCUGGACUAAGAAAGAUUUUUGACAUCACUGCUUGUGUACAUGUAGACGAAAACAAAAAGAAAAAAUGUGGGUUGUUAAAACACAUACACACUCACACUCACACACACACACGCCACUUGAGUCUUUUCUUUUGUCAUCGAGGCUGGGAGUCACCUCUGACCCAUGAUUACCUUAAAAUCAUCCUUAAAUCAAGACGACGAUUAACUCCACUUUAUACCACACACUUUGUUUUUCUUUCAUUUCUAUGUAUUGUUUGCAGUAGACAUUCCUUGUGUUUUGUUUGUAUUUAUUUAUGAUUACCUAUAGAGAGGAUGACAUUAUUAAACAAAAUGUAAAUGUAACUAGUCACGGACUUCCCUCACUGGGAAGCUCUUCAGGUUUAUACAUAGGUAUGACUGAUGGUAGAAUUGGACUUUGUGUGAUUGAGAAGAUUUUUAAAGGAAAAAAAAGCAAGAAAAAAUGAAGUUAAUAUAAAAGUUUAAAGAGAUGACGCAUUUUGCUGCUGGGGCACUAAAUAUUCUCUGUACUCUGCAUGAUGCCUUGUACAGUCGUGUGUUACUCCGGGGGUGGCACUGAGGAUGUGUAUCCACGUAAUAUUUCAUUAACCCGUCAAAUCUGAAAAUGUGAGAGGUUGUUUUCAAGGAAUCGGGCCAAGAAGAAGAAAAAAGAAAAAAAAAACAUUUUUCACAUCGGCAAAAGCACUACACUAUGACUGAAACAAUGGAAAAUAAUCACCAUUUUUUGAUGCUUUGGGUAUGUCAUUUGUUCUUCCAUUUGCCACAGCUCCAGGCUGCUCCUUCCUGACCUGAGUGUGCAGGAUCCCUCAUGGGCUUAGAUCAUGUUUUCAUAGGGAGCACGGGGCGUGGAGGGGGGCUUGGUGUUUAGGUAAAAUGGGUUGGGGUUGAGAUGAGGGCGGGGCCACUGAGGAGAAUGGAGCACUGUUGAUCGGUGCUUUGUGUAAAUAAAACUGAUCCUGCCGAUCACAGGAAGGGGCAGCUGCAGCUCUGAAAGAUGGCCUGAACAUGAAAGUGGCCCUCCAUCCAUUAAGCAUAUUUGUUGCAUCGUCCUGCGGAUUAUAUUCUUUGUUUUGAUUUUUUUUUUUUUCAAUAAAGUGCAAGCUUCCACACUC